AUGAGGCACCUCUGCAGCGGCCCAAGUGAAGGCGGCGCGCACGCGGCUGCGAACGGCGGCGGCGGCGGCGGUGUGACCUCGGAGGAGCUGGUGGCGCUCUCGACAUUCCACAGCCUCCUCCUCGAGGGACGUGGGGCGGAUGCCGGCGCGGAGCAGCGGGCGUGGCUUUAUGUGGACGUGCUUCUGGUGGAGUGCAGAGGCAGCGGCGGAGAUGCACAGGGAGGCGGGACUGUUUCCCGCGACGACAUCGUGCGCGUGCUGGCCUCUGACAGACUGGAUUUGCGCCGACUCCCACACCUCCUCGUCCCGAGCGGCAAUGCAGAGGGGGCAGAUCUCCGGCCACCGCAGGAAACACCAACGGCGGGAGCCGCAGCGCCGCCUCUGUACGGCGCCGCCAACUUCACAGUGAUGCUCUCCUGCGCAUCUUCACUCGUUGUCACCGUUCGCCUCCACGCUGUUGUGCUCGCCGCAACACCGCGUCUGCUUCAUGACGGGGGCGCGUCUAGCAGUGAGGAAGACGCUGCCACAGUGUGUGGCUGCCCGCGCUUCUUUUGCGCCGCGGAUGGCCACGGCGAGGACGCGCACACCGCCUGCACCGGGAUCCUCGCCGCCGUGGGCGGCAAGGUGUAUAGACUGGGACGGCGGGUGUGGGAGUGGGACGCGCGUGAGCUGCAGCGCGCCCGUUCGUCAUGCGCCGUUGCGUUCAGCCUGCCACGGCUGCGGUGCUUCAGGUGGAGGGCGGUGCGGGCGGGCGAGGGGGAGGUGUCGCGGCCCCCGCCCCUCGCCCGGCAGCGGGGUCCGUGUGUCGGGCAAACCGCGUGGGUCCACGAGGACCGCUACGUCAUGCUGCACGGCGGCCUCUGCCUUCCCCCGUCUGGCGCUACACCGCGACCGCCCCCUAAGAAUAAAAGAAGGGCUGGACGACGGAGCCGACCUCGGGGUGGUCGAGUUGCCGGCGAUGCUCCGCCUACUCCACGGACAGCUGCGCUUCUCCAUUGGGAGGAGGAGGAGGACGCCGCUCUGCCCUGCUACGACACCAAACUGCACGUCUGGGGUGCGCUGGACACCGAGGGGGGCGACGUCGGUGACACAAGCACCAGCCGUGGCGCGGGGCUGCUCCGCCAGCAGGUGUUUCACUCCGCCGUGCUCAUGAACGACAAGGUCUGGUGCUUUGGUGGUUGCAGUCUGGCGGCGAAGAGGCGGGGCGAGGGAGCAGAAGCCGUGCGGACCAUGCUUGCGGAGGCGGCAAGUGCCUGUCAAGCGCCGCUCUUCAAUGCGUUGACGUGCCUUGAUCUUCCGACACGCCAGUGGCGCACUGUGGAGCCGGUGGCGCCGAUGGAAAGCCGGGCGAUGUGCCCCGAUCGCACGCACGCCCCGUUCUGCGCAGUGAGCUCGCCGCUUGUGUCGGCUUCGCCACCUCCCCUGGCGUGCCACACGGCGGUGGGGUGGAACAAUCAAAUGUUUGUCUUUGGCGGCCUGCGGGAGGCGAAGGAGGGAGGGGCGACGACGCUGCGACCCUCCAAUGCGCUCUACGCGUUUCACGUCACACGUCUCUCGUGGUGGCUGCUCUCUCCGCCACCCGCCGCGGGUGGGGAUGCCUCUGGCGACGGGAGCAGCCGUGGCGGGGAUGACGAGGGGCGGUGCAGAAAUUGGCCCUCCGCGCGUUACGGACACGCCGCCGCCAUUGUGCCAGAGCAUCCGCAUGGCGCCUUCCUCGUCAUGGGGGGCGCCACACGCCUGGCGGCGAGCGAGGAGCGCAGCGAGGAGGCGGCGUGGCGCUGUGCCUGGGAUGAACUGUUGUGGGUGUACUACGCGGCACUCGGCUACUGGCAGAGGGUCGAUGCCCCGUCGUCUGUCCCGUCCACGCGACGCGUCUUCUCCUCCCUGCAGCUGCUGAGGGUAACUGGCGAGCCGUGGGUCUCGUACGUGGCUGUCCUCGGCGGCGGGUGCGACGCCGCGUGCCUGGAGCAGCCGCAGCAGGCUGAGGAGGAGAAGGAGGCGAACGAUGCCAACGGCGGCAGCGACGCGGCAUGCGCCAUCGUUGCCAGGGGUGCCGCAGCAGGGCAUGAAACGGUGCAGCGUGUGCUUGCCACCGCCCUCGCCUCUCCGCAGUGCGGGACCGUGUGGGUUUCACUGGAGGAGCGGGGCUGUUGGCAUGCGCCGUCGCGGAGUCGAAACUGCGAAGGCGGCGAACGGCCAAUGAGAAGUGAUUGA